CUCUGCAGGAUAAGAUAGCUAGUUUUGUCAAGGAGUCGAGUUCGAGUAGAGGCGAGAUGAAUCCCUCUGCCCUUGCUCAGUCCGGCCCCCUGCUCCCAAGCCUGGACCCUGGGGGGACGGUGAAGCUGGGGGGGUCCGACAUGGAGCUGCAGAAGAUGCUGAUCGAUGAGCGGAUGAGAUGUGAGAACCACAAGACCAACUACCGGACUCUCAAGGCUGAACAUACCAGGCUGCAGGAUGAGUUUACCCGGGGGCAGGGAGAGCUGAAGCGUCUCCUCAGUGACAAGCAAACUGCCCAGGAGAAACUGCAGCUGCUGCUGGCUGAACUCAGAGGAGAGAUGCUGGACAAGACCAGGGAGCUGGAGGAGCUACGACUACAGGUGCUGACCCCCCAGCGGUUGGAGCUGUUGAGGGCCCAGGUGCAGCAGGAGAUGGAGGGGCCUGUCAGAGAGCGCUUCAACAAACUGGAGGAGGAGACUGAGAAGUACAGGUCUGAGUAUAACAAGCUGCGGUACGACUACACCUUCCUGAAGUCAGAGUUUGACCACCAGAGAGAGGAGAGCGCUCGCAUACUGGAGGAGAAGAAGAUCCGCUUUGAUGCUGAGGUAUCACGGCUGGAAAGGGACAGAGAGGAGCUGAUGGCCCAGUAUCAGGGCACAGACCCGUCUAGAGACGGUAAACGCGUUGAGUCUCUGCUGAGAGAGAAGGCCCAGCUCCACCUGCGUCUGAAGGGCCUGGAGGCUGAGGUGGCUGAGCUCCGGGCCCAGAGGGACAACUCUGGCCAGCAAGCCGAGAACGUUCAGCGCAUCCAGGUCCGCCAGUUCGCAGAAUCCCAGGCUGCAGCCAAGUCACUGGAGGCAGAGAGGCAGUCACUGCGCCUGCAGUUGGAGCGUCUGGGGAGCGAGUUGCAGCUGAGUCAUGAACAGAACACCCAGCUGACGGGCAGACUACACAAGGCUGAGAGAGAGGUCAACACUCUCACCAGCCAGGUGGAGGGCAUGAGGCACUCUCACAAGCUGGAGGUGGCCAAUGUGAAGCUGGAGUGUGCCAGGUCUAGAGGGGAGAUGGAGAGGGAGAAAGACACACUACAGGGCCAAAUGGAAGGUAUGCAGUCUGAUGUGGAGGUGUUGAAGGGGACGGUGGAGAGACAGAAGGAGGUGCUGGCUGAGAGGGAGAGGGAACUCGUCCGGAGGGUGCAGGCUGCUCGCGAGGAGGAGUUCCACAAAACAGCCACCGUGCACGAGGAGAAGUUGGUGCUGGAGGAUCGUCUGGCUGAGCUGGAGCAGCAGAGGGCGCUACAGGAUGCUGCUGGCCACACCCAGAAAGAGGAGUGGGAGGAGCGUCUCCGUGGCGCCCAGCUGGGGGAGGAGGCUGCCCGUAAGGAAUUGCAGAUCCUCAGGUUAGUAAGAGGUGUGUUGCUUUACCCGUGCAUAGUGUGCAUUACUAAUAUAUUUCACAUAAGUGUGUGUGUUAAUGACCCUGUGUGUGUUGCGUGUGUCAGGACUAAACUGCAGCAGCAGGGCUCUCAGCUGGAGGAACUGGAGAGACAGAAGACCGAUAUUGCUGAUCUGAGACGGCAGAACCAGGAGCUGGGGGUGCAGCUGGGGACGUUAUCCCACUCCGAGGCUGAGCUUUUGGAGUCCAACCAGCGUCUGAGGGACACCCUGGAGAGGGCCCGGGAGGACCUGAGGAGCGCCCGCUCACAAGCUGAGAAGACCCAACACGAAGCCGAGAGAUUGGUGGAGGAGCGUCGUGUGGAGUGGUUAGAGGAGAAACACAAACUGCAGGAGAGGGAUGCAGAGCUGCAGGAGAAGUACGGCCAGGCCAAGGAGAAACUUCAGAGGGCCGCACUGGCACAGAAAAAGAGGAGAAACAUGACAGAGAACAAGGAGAAGAGAUACCAGGACAGGAUCCAGCUACUGGAGGCUAAGAUGGCAGAGCUGGAGCUACAGACCAGCUCAGCCAAGAAGCGUCCUUCCUACACCGAAGAGCAUGCCCUCCUUAACAGACGACUGAAGGAACUGCAGCGCCGACACAGCGAGUUCCGACGCCUCCUAUUGGGCAACCAGGUGACCUCUGCCACAGGCCCCGCCCUCAUGACCUCCACCACCGGCACAGGACUUGGCCCUGUCCUCGUACCCGGGUCUGAGGGGCCUAGUCUUCAUGAGGAGCAGCACCAGAGAGAGUUAUCACUGCUGCGUCGGAGGCUGGAGGAGUUAGCCUGUACUCAGCAGCAGCAGAUGGAGGAACUGGGGCCUCCCAUGGACAGGAACAGGGGCUCUGGCAUGCACGACUCUCUCCCUGAACUCUGACCUCUCCUCUCUGACCCCCCCCCAGAGAGUGAGCAUGACCUUCACCGUAGGAUUUAUUACUCCCUAAAAGUGAUGUUUGGUAAUAUUCUAAUUUAAUCAGUGAGAUCUCAAAUAUUUUGUGAAAAGCAGUUUGAUUUUAUUGGCACAAAAGAGAACUACAUGGAUUCAAUGUUUACAUUCCUUGGUGAGUAACGGUACUCUAGUCCUUCCACGCCUUGGCUGUUGAUGCCUAUGUAAAUAAUGAUUUCAAUGGCCAACCAAUGACUUCCGCAGAGUUUUAAUUGACUGUUGUGAGAUUUGUAUCAGAUGUUUACACUAAGGCCAUCACUCUGAAACUUUAAAAGCGUGAUAGUGCCAAAGGCAUUUGUGUUAAAAAAAAAGUUUUUCACGGCUCUAAAGAGCUGUGACUUGCACAACAUUUAUAAAAAAUAAAAUUGUAAUGUUAUUUCAAGAUGUAUGUGUUUUUGUAUUUGCAAUUCAUACAAAUAAAUGUUUAUGCUUUA